CACGGUUUUUACUUCAUCUCACCGGCAACGAAAACCCCAUUUCCUCUCACUUUCCUCUGUCUGUAACAUUUUUAUAGUUUAAUUGAUUAUAUAGUUUUUUUCUUCAUGCUCUAAAGAAUACACAUUAGGUAGAGUAGCCAUGGAGGAGAGUGGAAGAAGGAAGAGAAAAAUGGGGAAUGAAGAAGAAAAGGACGAUGAAGGUGACGAAGAAGAGAAAGUGGAGAAGUUCUUUGCUUUGAUAAGAAGCACAAGGGAGGUGCGUGAUUGUCUAAGGAAAGUGGUGGUGGUGCCGAAUGGAUCGAAAGAGGAAGACAAGGUGGCUGCUGCUGCUGGUGGCAACGGCCAGUGGAAUCCGACGUUCCGACCGGAAGAUUUCGUGGAGGAUUCCCUUUCCGGGUCUAAGAAUCCUUUGGUGUUGAAUGAUGCAGGCCCUUCCUCGAAAACAAAACAUGGAUCGGAAAAAGAAAGCAAGGACGCUGGCGGAGAAGGUGGUGGUUUAGACCUUAACCUUUCGUUGUCGUUGUAGUAAUUUAACGAAGACGUAGUAGAAAUUGAAGUGGUCAAAAUUUCUUGGUCAAUGUUAAUACUGGGCCCUCGAUGUUCUCUUAUGUAAUUUUAGAUUUAAUUCUGCUUGUAGGUUCAUGUUUUGAUAUCUCAAUUUUAAUUUAACGCCCCGUUUUAUUUUAA